GAGUGCGGGCAGCCUCACAAAUGUGAUUCUCUAUGUGCUCAUUGCUUCUCUAUUCCACUCUCUCACCAACUCAACUCUGGGCCAGCGUCUCACUCCCUACACGGAGAAUUCGCUCGCUGCUCAACAGAUCCUAGCGAUAAGCAGCGGGACGCGUUUCUCGGUGCAAACAGCCCCAUCUUGCCAGCGCUUGAUUUAAACAAUUCCCGGUCAAAAGUUAGCGAAUUCCACCGAGAAACAAACGAAAUCCGUCCAAAAAAAACCCCCCCGCCGAUUUCAAUUUGAAACUGUAAAUCGUUCGAAAACAACGAAAUUCGAGCGGUUUUCGCUGUUUUUCGGUUGUCGGUCGCUGCCGAGAAACGAUACCAAGGUUAACCCUGCUCCAUACGCACGCACGCCCACUCCCCCUGCUUCUGAGGACCCCGGGAUCCGCCCGCUCCCCGCCGCCGACGCGCCGCAGCAGCCAUUUUCACCUGCUCGUCACCUUUCCUGUUACCGGCGCGGCGCGAGAGGAAGAGGAAGGCUGCGUCGUUUGGUGCCGUGUCGGGGUCCGCCAAUCCGGAGAUUCGGCUGCGAAAGGAAGGUGAUAAGGCGGAGUGCCCGAGAAUUGGCAAUAACUGCUGGAUUGCUGCUGGAGGCGCUCAGUUCCGCGUUCGGUUGCCCGAUUUCGUGCCGAUUCGGAGCUCUCAUUGGGCGCUCGAGCGUGCGUUUAUAUAUAGCGCAUUGGUGGUGGCCUCUCGCCGUCCGUGGCCCGUGGGCCGUGGGUGUGGGUGGAGAACUUGUCGCCGUGCUGAUGAUGCAUUGAGUGGCGGCGAGGCGAUACCCCCUCCCUGAUGUUCCAGGUGGUUGUUUUGCGUGCGUUGGUGAAGAUGCCUCGCGGGCAGGCUCUUUGAUCGCGCGGGGCCUCGCUCGUUGGUGUGUAAGGCGGCAAUGGGGAUCAAGGCGGUGGAGAAGCUCAGGUGCCCCUCGUCGGUGGCCGCCGCGGCGCGGUCAGGCUUGAAGCUGUGGAUGCUGCGGGCCGUGACGACGGUGUUGCUCUGGACCAGCGUCGUGCAGUUCACGGCGGUAGGGAACACCUGGACCUGGGGGCCUCGCGUGCUAAAGGGAUGGCCGUCGUGCCGGACGGCGCGGGAGGCGGCCGCGGUCACCACCACGCGGCUUUCAACGCCGGAGCCCGUCGUGGAGAAGGCUGCGCUGCCACCGAAGAGAAUUUAUCAAAACAAUGGUUAUUUGAUGGUCUCAUGUAAUGGUGGGCUUAACCAAAUGCGAGCUGCUAUAUGCGAUAUGGUUGCCAUCGCAAGAUCUUUGAAUGUGACUUUAAUUGUGCCUGAGUUGGAUAAGACGUCAUUUUGGAAUGAUCCAAGUGAAUUUCAAGACAUAUUUGACGUUGAACAUUUUAUAAUCUCUCUAAGAGAUGAGGUUCGCAUACUUAGAGAAUUGCCACCAAGAGUAAAACGGAGAGUGGAGUUAGGAAAGUUCUACUCAGUGCCUCCUGUUAGUUGGUCGGAUAUCUCCUAUUACCAUAAGAAGAUUCUACCUGCAAUUCAGAAAUAUAAGGUACUCCAUCUUAAUAGAACUGAUGCUAGGCUUGCUAAUAAUGGUCUGCCUCUGGAGAUCCAGAGACUGCGUUGCCGGGUCAAUUAUUCUGCACUGAAAUUUACGUCCCAAAUUGAAGUGUUAGGAAGGAGAGUGAUUAGAAUGCUUCGCCAAAAUGGCCCCUUCUUAGUUAUUCAUUUACGAUAUGAGAUGGAUAUGCUUGCCUUCUCUGGCUGUACUCAAGGCUGCACUCCUAAAGAAACCGAGGAGCUUACAAGGAUGAGGUAUGCUUACCCAUGGUGGAAAGAGAAAGUAAUAAACUCUUUUGUGAAAAGAAAAGAUGGUCUUUGCCCUUUGACGCCAGAGGAGGUUGCUAUUGUUCUUAGAGCAUUGGAUAUCGACAAAAGUAUGCAAAUCUACAUUGCAGCUGGGGAGAUAUAUGGUGGAAAACGCAGAAUGGCUUCUCUUACCUUGGCUUACCCUAACGUGGUGAGAAAGGAGACGCUUCUGGAACCUUCUGAUCUCAUGUUCUUUCAGAACCAUUCGUCGCAAAUGGCUGCACUGGAUUACUUAGUAUCACUGGAAAGUGAUAUAUUUGUUCCCACAUAUGAUGGCAACAUGGCUAAAGUUGUCGAAGGACACCGGAGGUACCUGGGAUUCAAGAAAACAAUCAUGUUGGAUCGAAAACUUAUAGUUGAGCUGGUAGAUCAGUAUACCAGUGGUUCUUUGCGGUGGGAUGAGUUUGCUUCAUUGAUCAAGGCUGUCCAUUCAAACCGUAUGGGAUCAGCAGCCACCAGGGCAGCGAUCCCUGACAGGCCUAAGGAGGAGGACUACUUCUAUGCCAACCCUCAAGAAUGCUUGCAAGGUCCCAAUAUGUUGCAAACAUUGUGAGCUUGUCACUUGUCAGCGCUCUUGCCAUUCUUUUUGCAACUUGGCAUGGCUGAACAUAGGAUUAUCCAUCAUAUCUUCUGAACCUGCCAAAUGGAAUAACAUGCUUUUGUUAGCAGUUCAGAGCCCAAUGAGAAGGUCUGUGAACGGGUUCUGAAACAACAAAGGUGGAUAUAUGACUUGAAUUUAGGUGAUAGGCAAUGCUUGAGUGGAGAGGCAAUUUGUUUGUGGAUUAAACCAGCAAAAGCUGUCAAGCAGAGCUGAUGCUCAUGUACGAGACUGUAGUAUAGAUGGUGCAGUAAGUCCAAAAGUGAUCUUUGUAGGGAAAUAUUGUUUCAAAAGAAAAACUUUUCUACACGUGCCAACAUUUGGAUAAGAAAAUCUGUCAACUUUCCGGUUCA